UCUAUUUGAGGUAAGCUAAACAUGAAACAUUUGUAUUUAUUUAGGAACAUUGACAUCAUAAGUCUUUACUGUUCUAGCCAAAGUUGUACAGAACUGGUAGUUUACGAAUGUAGCUGACAUGACAUGGUGUUUGUGUUCUUUGCUUUGCGCAACUUUAUUUAGAUGAAAACUCGUUUCAGCAAAAGAGCACAUGGUGGAGUGAUGGAGGCCAAGGAAGGUAAAGAAGAAGUACAAGUUGUGGAUGAUGCGAUUGCGAAUGAGGGCCUACAACAAGAUGUGGAUGAUGUCCCUGUUGGCCCAAAGAGAAAGAAGACAGUCAAACAUUCCCCGAGGAAAUUAUUGUCACCAACAGGAAUGUUGGAGUUGGCCAAACUAAAAGAACAGACCAAGAUGGAUCGACAGAAGAUUGAACACCUCGAGGACCGCAUUAAAUACCUGGAAGAGGCCAACAGUGAGCUAAAAAACGACAAGGAUUUCCUGCUUUCACAAAUUAAGGGAGCCCCCAGUGCACCUGCAUCUACUGGAAAGUCAGGUUUCAGAAAGACUGCUCACAUUCCUUCUUCAUCUUCACCUUCAAUGUCUCCAUCCCCCUCCUCUUCAUCCUCAGACUUCAGCUCCUCAUCAUCCUCAGAAGAGGAGCAGCAGAAGAAGAAAAAGAAGAAGAAGAAGGAGAAGAAAAAGUCAAAAAAAUACACUGACUCACACAGCCGUUCAAGAAGUAAGCACAGGCUUUGAUUCAUAAUGAGAUGGUUUCUUACAUUAAAGUUGCCCAUUACUGAAGUUUAAGCCAACAUUUAUAUUCUGUCAUAAUUUUCUCUCAUUCAUGAUGUUCUAAACCUGUGUGACUU